AUGACUGACACUGAGAUCCAACAAGGAGACAAAGUCUCAUGGAACUGGGGUUCAGGACAGCCCGGUGGCACAGUUGCUGAGACUAAGGAGCAAGGCGAGAUUGCUAUCGAGUCGAAGAAGGGCAACACUAUCAAGAAGAAUGCCUCACCUGAUAACCCCGCUGUCCACGUCGAGCGCUCUGGAAACGACGUUGUGAAGCGCGCUUCCGAACUCCAGAUCGACGAGAAGGCUGACGGCGCCAACGGAGAACAAGCUAAUGGCGACUCCAAAGAAGGCGACAAGGAAGCUGAGUCGGAGAAGACAGAGGAAAAGAAGGAUGACGACAAGCCUUCUGAAGCUGAGAAGAAAGACGAAGAAAUGAAGGACGCCCCAGAUAGUGAGGAGAAGAAGGAAGACGCGCAAACCAACGGCGAGUCCAAGGCCGAAGAGUCCAAGGAGGAGUCCAAGGAAGAGUCAAAAGAAGAGUCCAAGGAGGACGCGACAGAAGACAAGUCCGCAGAGAAGCCUGCGGCCGACGAGAAGGACGAUGAACCCCAGGUCGGCGACAAGCGCAAGGCCGACGAAGCAUCCGCGGAUAAGGCCAACGGCGCUGACGCCGAAGAGAAGCCUGCCGAGAAAAAGGCAAAGACUGAUGAGGCUGAGGCCGAAGAUGAGAACAAGGAUGAGGACAAGGAUGAGGACAAGGAAGAAGCCGAGACGAAGCCAGCUCCCAAGAAGGGCGGCCGUCCCAAGAAGGAGAAGAAGGAGCCUGCGAAGAAGAAGCAGCCCAAGAAGGCUGCUACCGCCGACGGUACACCGCGCCGCAGUGGCAGGACCAACAAGACCACAGUAUCAAUGGCAGAGGACUAA